AUGGGUCGCUCUCAGGAGCUCAGUGAAUUCAAACGUGGUAGUGUGAUAGGUUGCUACCUGUGCAAUAAGUCCAUCCAUGAUAUUUCCUUGCUACUAAAUAUUCCAUGGUUAAGUGUUAGUGGUAUUAAAAUGGAAGCAACUGGGAACAACAGCCACAAAGUGAAGUGCACAGUGCACAGAAGUCGCCAACUGUCUGCAGUGUCUUCCAAACUAAAUAUUAACACUUCAUGUGGCCUUCAGAUUACAACAGUACAUAGAGAGCUU